AUGUCAGAGAUAGAGGAUGAUGGAGGCAUGGCCCUUGGUCUUGCCGAGAAGUUCUCCCGCGACUGGGUGGCAGUUCAGAGCUCCUCAAGCGGCAGUCCAUCUGCCACGAUGGGAAGCGCAGCAUUCUGCACUAUGGUGGCAAGGACUGACCAGUUUUUGGUGGCACAAGCAGCAAAGACUCUGCUUCUUUCGCCCGAGCAACUCAGAUCUUUGUACAGCGAGAAGUUCAAAAGGUUCGACCAGGACAACAGCUCCACGAUGGAUUUGAACGAGUUCCGGCAUUUGCUCCGGGAGAAAUUUCAGCAGCGCAGUGUCGAGGUUUCGGAGGACUUGGUGCAGAAGAUCUGGAAGGAUUUGGACCCAAGCCACAGUGGGGCUGUGAAUUUCACAGAAUUUUGCCGGUGGUACUUCAGCACGAUUGGUUGGGGCAGUCUGCAGUCCACAGCCAAUAGCCUGGGUCGUUCCACAGAGGAGAUUGCGAGACUUUACUACGGUAAAUUCAAGGACUUUGACGCAGGCCAGAGCGGCACCAUGGAGAUGAACGAAUUUCGAACAUUGCUUCAGAGGGUUCUCGGCCGAGAGGUUCAGGAGCACGUCUUCACAACGCUUUGGAAUGACUUGGACAGAGAUGGCACUGGCUCAGCGACCUUCCAUGAUUUUAGCAAGUGGUACUUCCAGUGGAUGAGCGAUAGGCCUUCGAUGGAUAUGCCCCAGUUCAACCGCUACGAGUAUGAUCAAUUCCAGAACAAAGGCUGCGCAGUCGGAUCAUUUGCGCUGAAAGAUGGCAUGCCGAGUGCUGAUUCAGCCAUGGCUUGCAAACAGACCUGCAGCAAUGACCCGAGGUGCGACAUUGUGGAGUAUGUGACUUCCAACGGCCAUUGCCAGAAGCGCCAUUUCUAUGGUGUCAUCACAAAGGGUGCCAGUGGCCUUCCAAACAAGAUCUUCCUCAAGGAUGUCCCGGGGACGAACCUCUACAUGAAGUUGGCCCCAGCUGAGGAUCCGCCAGCUUUCCAAUGGCAAGAGGUCAUGGGGAUUUUAACUCCAGAGCAGGGCAACCUGCUGAUGCAGGACAGUCCUCACACCAUCUCCUAUGGCGACUGCCGUGAUCUCUGUGCUCGAAGUAGGUUUUGCAACUGCUUUGCCUACAGCUCUGUUAGUACCAUUUGCAACCGCUACAUCGAUUGCCAAAGCUCUCAACUCGUCCCAGAUAGCGAGUACAAGGUCUACUUCAAGGUGGCAAGUUUGGCAGAUGACUCCACACCAUGGUGGAGCCUCGGCUGGUGGAUCCUCAUGGCUAUAGCGCUCAUAGGGUGUUUCUGCCUCGGAGCCCGCUACAGAAGGAAGAAGGCAAGCUCUUCAUGGAGCCAGUGGGACGAACAAUAG